AUGUCAAACCCGCCGCCCGUUCCCGAAGAUACCUUGCCUGACCCCCUGGUGACACCUGCCACGCCUGCCCAUCAUGAUUGCUCGAAGGAGACCGAGCGAGCUCGGCCCAACCGACGUCACCACUCAUCGCAGGACCAACACUUGUCCCAGGGGGCUCAACAGGCGCAAUCCCCAUCGCGUGCAGAGUCCCCCACAACUACUCAUCAAUGGUCCCAGCCUAGCUCGACCUUGGCCCUAAAAAGGGCCCCGACAGUCCCGUUGGAGAAAUUUCCCCGUCCCGACACUACUUACAGCCCACAACUGUCCGAGAGAGAUAGUAUCUUUGCGACACAUUAUCUCCCCUCGGACAGCGCCGCAACUACCCCACAAUUCCACCCCGAACAGCCCUCGGACAAUGAGCGCCAAGUCAACUUGAUUCCUGGCCUGGAUGAUGUGUCGGGGUCGCUAGGUCCUCUUUCCAAGGUCUCUCCCCAUCGUUCUCACGACGAGCCUUCCCACAUGGAAGUUGACGUCCGCAGACACAUCCCAUUGCGCUCGUCCUCCCUCUUCUCACCAGCCGAUAUCACCCGCCUGUCUCGCCUGCGCUCGUCUAUCUCGUCAGCAGACGAGGGAAAAGGUGUAGGGACGCAGACCGGUGUUCAGUCGCGAUUGCCUGGGCCAUUGGAUCAAUCAGGUACGGAAACCAGCGGCUCGCACAGUUCUCUGGCUGAACGCAGUCUUCUUCCGUCCGUAUUAGACGAUGUCUCCCGCUCACCACAGUCUCUGACGCCUCCUGCGCCCGGUCAGGACUGGCCGAUGGUGAACCCGGAGGCAGCACCUCAUACUUCGCGGGCAGAAUCAUCCCGGGGCAUCGCGUUGGAUCGGAGUUCAAGCAGGAGUCGUCGAGGUCGCGUGGACAGUUCCAUUGAAGCAGAUCUCAGCAACGUAGAGCCGGCUUCUCACGUACGCAGUCGCAAGUCCAGUCACUAUUUGGGCUUGUUCAAGGAGAACACUACAUCACCGGACCGCAAACGAAGAGAGGACCGUGCUCAACAGCACGAUGAGAUAUCUGAACAGACCGAUCGUACCAUGGAAAUUGAACACCCGACCUUGCGCCUAGUGGCAGAGGAGGAGGGAUUGCUUCGGAAAAGCAUCUCACUCCCUUCGCUAGCCGACGGACCUACGUUUGACCCGCUAAAAUCGGCAGGGCUACGUCCCCAGACGGAGGAAGAGGAGCUACAUCAGCGCCGUCUACCGGUGUUACCACACAACCUCCUCGAGGAAAUCCGAAACUUCCAUCUCACACCCGGUGGAGGCCGAGGGUCUUCAUUUUCUAAGAGUAUCCCAACGCAGUAUGCCGAACGGGGUCGUGAUUAUUUCCAGAAAGAGCCUCACAUUGACCGGUUUUCCGAGUCAUUCAGUUCUCUUGAGGAGGAGGAACGCCAAGCAUCUGAACGGUUUGAGGAUGAAGAAGAGGAAAACGAGCAGAUUUCGUCUGCACUGUACUUCCCUCAUGAACGCGUUGAAGUUUCCAAAGGUGUCGAAGGCGCUCAGCCUUUAGUGGCAGACCCACAUGGUGGUGCGCAACCGGUGCAGCUCUCCGCUGCGGAGACGGGUCAUGAGCUCAUGCUGGUGCCUCAAGAGCGGAGCGCUUCACCUGAGCAGGAAGUCGGCCAUGUGGAUAUCUCUUUCCGGUCUAAGACUGAAAGUAAAACGCUCUACGGCGAGCUUGGAGAUAUUCGCCAUCCUACUGAGACCGUACCGGAAAAGUCUUUAGCUACGAUCUCCGAGCGCUAUGACUCGACCUGUGAAUCCGAUGCCCCAUCCGCGGAUGAAAGUGGCCUUUCUGUUCAUGACGAAUCGAGUCUGACUGAUGACGCGGAAUUAACGCCUACAGCAACUCCGACUCAACGCUCCCGUUUCCCUCCAAAGCCUAAGCGGAAGACCCCUGCCCCUCUUGGAGCAGUGGAACUGAAGCCUUAUCGACAUCAGGUUGGCGGUCAUACGACUGUAUUCCGAUUCUCCAGGCGCGCAGUUUGCAAGCAGCUGAAUAAUCGAGAAAAUGAAUUCUAUGAACGCAUUGAAAGAAGACACCCCGAUAUGCUAGUAUUCCUUCCCAGAUACAUAGGUGUUCUAAAUGUGACAUUCUCGAAGACCUCAAAACGCUCCAAGAACCGCCCAGAAAAUGGUGCCCACGAUACAUCGGAUGCAGCUCAUGCCAACGGAACCUCGUCAUCAAAAUCCCAUGCACUCGAAGCUCCCGAACCACAGCGGAUUGUAAGCCAAAAGCAAAUAACUGGCGUAAUCCCUAAAGUUAUCCUCGAAAAUAAUCGACACAUUAUCCCAGCCGACCUUUUCUCCCGCACCCACCGACCACGACUAGUAGAUGAUACCAUGCUUGGUCGACCUCGCUCGGCCGACGGCUUAGGCAAGUUAUCCACCGAAUCUGAUCCAUCCUUGAGGAAGCGAAACAAGAUUUGGGGAGCCACCACGGUCAACCGAAAGCUGCAAGAGCAAGUUCUGCGGGAAGUCUUCAGCCCACCAGCGAUUCAUCAACAUCGACGCCAUGCUCGUGGGCAUCUGCAGCUACCCAGAGCUUCUUCUGACAUUCCCCAUCGCCGUGGAAAUCUGUCAGAAGAUCACACGGCUAAUACCCGCCCCUCUUCCCUGAUUAAGAUGGAGAUUCCAUCAAUCCCGGAACUGAAAAUUACAUCCCAGUCGGAUGAGGGCAAGACCCUUUCAUCAUCUGCGUCCACCGCCCUGGAAGAAAAUCGGAACCGACUUGAGAAAGUGAAAACCGAGGAACAGCCAACUCGGUCAAGCUCUCUCAACCGAGGCCAGCAGGUACGACGGCGUCACUCGGGAGGUGGUCUCCAACGACGGGGAAGUCUAAACUCGAACAACACUGGCGAUCUCAUGUUCUUCGACGAUGAAGGGUAUGGUGGCGAUAGAGAGGAUGAAAUCUUCUCGAUGGAGGGCGAUGCGCUCGUUCCCCCAAGCCAACUCCCAACACUCAAGGCGACCUCCUCUCCCUCUUCGGGAAGUACCUCGGUCAGUGAACGUUAUUCGACGGAUGUGUCAACUCGAAGGCCCCAUGAGAUUCCCCGAACCAUUGUUAAGGAUGACGACGAAGACGUCGGCGCCCAUCUGCCUAGCAACCCCAAGGAGGCCCAGCUGAGGAAAGAUGAACGUGUCCAGUUUUUCCUCCUUCUGGAAGAUCUCACGGCCGGUAUGAACAAACCAUGUGUGCUCGACCUCAAAAUGGGUACUCGACAAUAUGGUAUCGAGGCAACUGAGAAGAAAAAGAAAUCUCAGAGGCGGAAGUGUCAGUCGACAACCUCACAACAACUUGGCGUCCGUCUCUGUGGUAUGCAAGCCUGGAAUGUCAAGAAGCAAGAGUACAUCUUUGAAGAUAAAUACUUCGGUCGAGACUUAAAAUCUGGCCGAGAGUUCCAGGAUGCUCUCACUAGGUUCCUCUUUGAUGGAGUCAGCUACAGCAGUGUGGCAAAGAAAAUACCCAUAAUCCUUGAGAAAUUAUCCCUCUUGGAACAUAUGAUUCGGAAGCUGGAUCGCUACCGGCUCUACGCAAGCAGUCUUUUGAUUCUGUACGAUGGAGAGCAGGCGACACCCCCGCAAACCCCCAGUCAUCCAGGUGAACCGCGUCCAACCCGACGUCAGGCAUCUGAGGAUGGCCAUAACAAUAUUGAUGUCCAGCUGAAGAUCGUGGACUUUGCCAACUGUGUCACUGGCGAAGAUGAAUUACCACCAGACACACCUUGUCCACCCCACCAUCCUAAGGAUAUUGAUCGUGGAUACCUGCGUGGCCUCCGCACGUUACGUAUGUACUUCCAACGGAUCAUGAGAGAGAUCACACAAGACGAAUUCGUGGAACGAGGCGAGGGCGAGGCAAUUGCCCUUGGUUCCCAGCCCGCUGUCCGUGAAUCUUCCUCGGAUCAAUUCUGGGACGAGAACGUGAUGGAGACUGAUGCGGGUGAGGUCAGCUUCUGA